GCGCGAUUGUUGGCGUCACUUGCCAGAAAUCUUUCCAUCCCACGGGCCUCUUUCGCUCCUUCGCACUUCGCAACACCGACAUCUCCCUUCAACUCUCUUGUAAAACUAAUCCUCUUCGCUCGCUUGCCUGGCUGUUGCUCGAUCCAAUACCUGACCCUUCGACAAUCUAUCCUUGCUACCUCCUUCGCCCUAGCCCUUUUUCUCACUCAGCGGCAUGCGUUGCUGAGUUUUCUGGCUGAGCCUCCUUUUUCGCCCACCGCCAACCUCGCCCUCACCCUGACCCUCGUUUACCAUUCGCCGCGCUCGUUCCUAAUUACCUACCACGAUAUUUUCAAUCAGAGACCCCGUGUCCCCAUUGGAUUACUCUUGCCUCCGCUCGGGACUUUCAGAAACCCCAUCAGAACCGCCGAGAGACAAAGUACUUGGUCCUCCAUAUAUCCUCGAUCACCGCAAACCGCACUUUUCAAGCCCUUUGUGACUGCGCCCCUCGAACCUCAUGCCGAUGCCUAUUCUUACCUUCGCGAUGCCCGUUCCCGACUAUGCCAAAGUCGCCAAGGAGGGUAAAAGAUCACAGUUGUCGUCCUUCCUUCACUGGGUGCAACUGAAGAAGUACCAAUACGAAGUCACUUUCUCCCUCUAUAUGCUAACCCCGACCGAGAAAUUCAUUUUCAAUUUGAUCCUAUUCCUGCUGGUCUCGAUGCUGGUCACCGCCGCGACGCUCUACCUCCCCAACCACCUUGUCGUCAUUUAUCACCGCAUCUGCUACUAUAUUUCCGGUGAAUUCGCCUACAAGACCUCGACAAACGUGUCAGAGAACGCAAUUGCUCUCUCGGCGGACGGGCUGCGGAUUACUUCAGAGGCGAUACAGUCGGUUGUGAACCCAACCUUGCGCGUGGUGGAAUCAGCCAGGGAAACCUUAAAAGAACUUUGAUACUUUGAUGAUACCCCCCAUGUGCUUUAUUGGAGCAGGCGUACGCAUGGUCAGGGUUUCCGGGGUUAAACAUUCAGGGUGAGGAAAUUUUUAAUGUACGCGGUGUACUGCUGCUGGAUAUGGUCACAACUGAGAAUCUAUCUUGACACGGCGCCCGCGCUGCUUGCUUCAGAUAUUCAAUCACAAGGUCGCUGGAUUUCGGAGGAACGAACUUGUUGUGGAGCGCGUUUUGGAUUGAGUGGACUGUUUCCCCUGUAUUGACACAGACUCCAACAAUCAACCGCCACACCUUGCUGUACAGUUGUUCCACCACUGCUCCCGGGUCGCCAUAAUCCUCACCUGCCCGCUUGUCAAUAUGCUUUUAGCCACUUUAUAAUGUACCAGCCCGAGAUGGUAAAAAUGGACAAUAUGGUCUUUCGCUCCGGGGUGUUCAAUGACGC